UGGAGCAAGGCACAGGAGCGGCGCUCGCAGACGGCUGGUCGAGCUUCUCGGUGGACAACGUGGCCAAUCCCGCCCUGUUCUACACCCACGCGGCCGAUCACCUGUGGUCUAGGGAUGAGCCGCCCCCUACGGCAGAAUUUAUUACGAACGCGCUCAAUUCGCUUCACACCCGGCUGCACUAUGCAGUCGAGAUCGAAGAUGUGGAGAUUGGUCAAGCACUACGCUGCAAACAGAACCCGACCUGGCUCAAGUUCUCGGUUCAAGUGGCGCGGCGGUGAAGGGCAAUGUGGAGAUUAUGCGACUGUUGCUGAAUGGCUGCGGAGGCGAACGAGCCUUCGGCGCUGCGGGACAGCAACUGACCUCCCAGGUCCUCCUUCGGGCGGACUCCG